UCUUCCCAAUUGGCCUUAUAACAAUCACCAUCUCAAACCUCACCUUCUUCACAUUCUUCAUUUAUGACCGUAUCUUACAAUUCUCUCCAAUCUCUUUCACUGUUCCCUCUGCCUCAAACAAUCUUCAUAUACACUCUUUGAUCCUUUAAUUUUGAACCAGCCCCAAAGCCCCUUUUCUUCUGCACUUUCCUACUGGCUUCAUCUCUUAUUCUUAUUCCCUCCAUACCCAGAAAAAGAUAAAGCAACAAAGUCCUUUUUUCCGCUUAAAAAAAGCCAUCUUUAUUCCCUUAUUCCCCUGCCAUUUUUAUAUAUAUACACCAUCUUGAAACAGUUUUUUGUUUUUCUGGUUUAUAAAUAUGGGUUUCUCUGAGAAGGCACAGGUCGUGGAAGGAGGCUUUGAGUCGUCGUCGUCGUCGUCGACGUCUAAUGCUAGUAACAAAAAAUGGGUCAUCGCCGGAAUCAGUUUACGAGGGCCGUUGAAGCCAAUUUACACGGCCGAGAAAGAUCGCGAGGAUGACGACGAGACGGAGGAGUGUCUGACGACGCCGACAGGGGAAGAGUCCAGAAUCCCACCGCCUUCCACUUGCCCGCCGGCUCCUCGGAAGCCAAAGCCGCCGGCGUCUUCUUUCAAGUGCAAGUAUCGCCGUGGCGUUAACAAGUUCUUCACUCCUCCAGAUUUGGAUACGGUGUUCAUACGCCAUGUUGAAAGAGCUAGCUGACUGAUCUGCUAUCUUCUGUAGCUCUCUUAUUUAUAGUCUAGACCUUCUCUUUCAGUUUUAGUUGUUUGCAGAUUAGCUAGAGCUAGAGCUAGAACUACUGAACUCUAUAAAACUAUUUGUAUAAACUAGUGUGAAUCAAUAAAAUGACAUCUUAAUCAGCUUCUGUUUGUUA